UAAAUAUGUGCUCAAAACAAAACAAAAACGAAGAAAAAAAUCUAGUUAUUCAACAUUUCUAAAAUUAAUCUUAUGAUUGAGUUUUCUGAAUCAUUUUACCUUCAACAAUGUGAUUACCUUUUUUUUAUAUGAACUAAUACUAAUAUACUAUAACAAACAUCGUAAGUUCAAAAAGAUAUGCAACAAUUUUAUGGAAUUAUCUAAAAUCAAAUUUUUUUUUUCGAUUUCAUACGUACGUUAUUUUAAAUUUAUCAUUGUUAAUCGAUCCAAGUUAACCACGUUCUCAACAAUAUCUUGCAAUGAAAUUUCCUAUCGCUUACAUAGAAACAUGUAUGCAUGCAAUCAAGACAAUUAAUGGAUAUAGAACAGAAUAAAAAAGACUGGAAUUAUACAGUAAUUUAAUACGUUGGUCUGAUCAAUUUAAAAAUGGCCGAAAAUCUUCUUGGACAAUUUGAUGUACCCGUUUCACCUUCAAUUUUGGGAGCAUUAAAAGGUAAAAGUGACGGAACAAAUGAUUUAUCCAAACAUGUUGAUCAAUCUGAUGUUUCGAAGCAAAAAUGGAAUGGUAUUCGACUUAAGGGAGAAAGUAGUAAAAGUCUUCUUAUUGAAAAUGGAGGGAAUCAACUUCCCCUUAAAAAUAAUUUGCGCAAAGAGGUACUUUCUCUUGGAGCCGACGUUCUACCAGAAUAUAAACUGCAAUCACCAAGAAUUCACAAAUGGACUAUUCUACAUUAUUCACCAUUCAAAGCUGUUUGGGAUUGGAUAAUUUUACUUUUAGUAAUAUACACAGCUAUAUUCACGCCGUACGUGGCUGCUUUUUUGCUUCCUGAGUCAGAUCGAAAUCAAAGUACUACUAAUCUUGAUAAUUACGGGGAAGAUCCAAUGAUAAUAAUUGAUUUAAUAGUUGACGUCACGUUCAUCGUAGAUAUUCUAAUCAACUUUCGCACAACUUUUGUUAAUAGUAAUGAUGAAGUUGUUUCGCACCCUGGAAAAAUUGCUGUGCAUUAUUUGAAAGGAUGGUUUAUAAUUGACCUUGUAGCAGCUAUUCCAUUCGAUUUGUUAUUAUUCGGUUCAAAUACUGAUGAAACUACUACGUUGAUUGGUUUGUUAAAAACAGCUCGAUUAUUGAGACUUGUCAGAGUAGCGAGGAAAAUUGAUAGAUAUAGCGAGUAUGGUGCUGCUGUAUUAGUACUCUUGAUGGCGACUUUUGCAUUGAUAGCGCAUUGGAUGGCAUGUAUAUGGUAUGCUAUUGGAAAUGCUGAACGACCAAAAUUAAAAAGCAAAGUAGGUUGGUUGGAUAUAUUGGCAAAUGAUACUCAUCAGUUUUAUGCAAGUGAUGAUACAGGAGGCCCAAGCAUAAAGAGUCGUUAUAUUACAGCUUUGUAUUUUACAUUUAGCAGCCUUACGUCAGUAGGAUUUGGUAAUGUUGCUCCUAACACUGAUACAGAAAAAAUUUUUACAAUAUUUGUAAUGUUAAUGGGAUCACUAAUGUACGCUAGUAUUUUUGGGAAUGUAUCCGCUAUAAUUCAAAGACUUUACAGUGGCACCGCAAGAUAUCAUACGCAAAUGCUUCGAGUGAGAGAAUUCAUUAAAUUUCACCAAAUUCCAAAUCCCUUACGGCAAAGGUUAGAAGAAUAUUUUCAACAUGCAUGGACAUACACAAAUGGAAUAGACAUGAAUAAUGUUCUAAAAGGAUUUCCUGAAUGUUUACAAGCUGAUAUUUGCCUUCAUUUAAAUAGAAAUCUUUUAAAUAAUUGCCAUGCUUUCGACGGUGCUAGCCCAGGUUGCUUAAGGGCAUUAUCUCUAAAAUUCAAAACAACUCAUGCACCACCUGGAGAUACUUUAGUACAUAGGGGUGAUGUACUCACAUCACUAUAUUUUAUUUCUCGUGGCAGCAUUGAAAUUUUAAAAGAUGAUAUAGUAAUGGCAAUCCUAAGCAAAGAUGAUAUUUUUGGAGAAAAUCCAUGCAUUUAUACAACAAUUGGUAAAUCAUCAUGUAAUGUGUGUGCCCUUACAUAUUGUGAUCUACAUAAAAUAAGACGAGAAGAUUUAUUGGAUGUUCUAUCACUUUAUCCAGAAUUUGCGAAUAAUUUUAGUCAAAAUUUAGACAUAACAUUCAAUCUUCGAGAUGAAGAACAAGAUGGUGUUAAUCCUUUUUUGCGACCAUUUCGACCUGAUUAUGUGAAUGAUUAUGAGUACAGAAGUAGGAAAAAUUCGAAAAUCACUUCUUACAUUCAACCAAGGAAGUCAUCCAAUUUAUAUCAUAUCACUUUUGAUAAUAUUUUCAAUGCAAGGACUAGUUUAAAAAAUACGUUAUCAGAUGGAAAUAUACGAAAAACUAACACAAUACUCGCCCAAAUUUGCGAUCCACUCAAUAAUGAAACGAAACAAGAAGGAAGAGACGAAAUAAGUGAUACUGAUGAUAAAAAAGUAGACUGUAAAAUGGAAAUUCUCGAAAAAAGAUUAAAUUCUUUAGAAAAAACACUCAGCAGAGAUAUGAGAAUGAUUAUGAGACUCUUGCAGCAAUCUCUUCAAUCGUCGAAAGAAAGCCUCAAUUUGGAAUCGAUGUCGAAAAACUUUGCAGAUGGAGCAGUUUAUGAUUUCAUUUCCGUGAAUAAAUCAAAGCCUAAUGAAUUUACAGAAAAAGGUGCAAAAAGAGUUAUUGCAAGCAAGAAUCAUAAGGGCUCUUUGUUUAAGUAUAAUAUCAUAGCUAAACAAAACAGUCGUCAAAACUUGUCUUCAAGAUUUGUUCAGGAGAAACAGAAUAAAACAGGAAAAAACUAUUUUAGCUCGAAUUUUAAAUGGGAAGAAGUUUCAAGUCUACUGUUAGAACCCACUAGAUCACACAGCCAGCCAACUGGGUUGAGUCCAUAUUUGAAGGAACAUCAACGUACUCAACAAAUAUACCACCCACAACACGUUUGGCGUAAAUAUUCCUCCGCAGAGUUUAGAAACAAUAAUUUAAAAUAA